AUGAAUCCUCCAGACAUCGACCCCAGUGAUUUGAAGCAGGUCCCGCCAGAACCGAUAUUGAACGGCGGGGUACCAGAGGUCAAGGAUGAUCCCAAGAAGGUAUUUGGGAUCCCGUUUUAUCCAAUCUCUAGCAGGUCGGUAGUGCUAGCGUUGAGAAACGUUCAGAAAUACUCAACUGUGCCCAUGGUUCUGUAUUUUCCAUUACAUGCUAUAAACACGAUGAUAGUUCCCGCAAUAUCCUCGAAAUCCGUUCCUGAUGAAGUGCUAAUGAUGGUUAGGGAACUUAUGCCUUCCUUUACGACAAAACUCCUAGUAUCAUCCUUCAUACUGCAUGUAGGGAGUGGGAUAAUACUAAGAAUAUGGCAAAAAUGGAAUCAGUCUGCUUUACGGAUCAAGAAGAGACAUAGUCGACACCACCGUAAGGAGAAACAGCUGAAAGUCACCGAUGCAGCUGAGCGAGACUCACAAAGACUCAUUGGAUUGACUGGUGGACUCUCUGGGUACUUUAUCGGUUUCAACAAGCGGUUUAACAUCUCACCUCAGGUUUUAAGUGGGUAUAUCCUAGCACCCGUGUUGGCAUACCAUGUGGCAAUCAUGAAGAUUAUACCGGACUCCUCGAAGUUUUACAUAGAUAUCGAUUUCAAUUUCGUCAAGUGGAUUCUACAAAAUGAUGACUGGAGAAUAAAAUGGGUUGCUGGCUUAAUCCCAUUAUCUCUUUUAAUAUAUUCGGGGACCUAUCAUAUCAUCGCCGGUAUUUGUCAAUAUUUACAAGUCAGAGACUUACCCACUAGACGUAAGUGGUCCAAUUUUAUCUUUACUUUAAGUCUGAGUGGAUUGGUUGCUAUCUACAAACUGAACAAAUGGACUCCUUCUCUAGGCGGAUCUAAUCAAUACCAAAAGGUAUUCGAAAGAAUUUUCCUGGUCUGA